GACGUGGGAGGCGUGGCCACAGGGAUUAGGGAAGCUAAUCAACGCUAACCGCUGCAACACUGUGGCAUCCCCCUGAUGACCUCGACUGCAUUCAAAAAAUUGAAAGUGGGGAUUGCCCUUUUAUAAGGCUAAUUUUGGCUUGGGGGGAUAUAUAUGCUGUGUGCAUUUUACUGUGCUACAUUCACGGAUUUAAUGUUAUUACGGUCACUCACGUAGCAGUUCAUAAAAGGAAUACUCGUUUUGUUUGACGUAUGGCUUUCAUACGCUGAGGUGACGUUCUAGUUCUAGUGCAGACUGACUAAACGAAGGAAAUGGAAGAAAGAUUAGCUGCGUACCGUGAGAGAAAAAAGAUCCAGAACAAAAAAUCGAUUGCUGGUGUCCUCGAUGGCGAAAACAGAUCGGAGUCAUUUGGACUAACUAGAAAAGUGAAAGUUUUGUUGGCUUAUUGGCGAAGAUCUGAAAGUGACUCACAAGAAAAAUUAACGUGUGACAAUAGUAGGUCUGCCACUGAAACUGUUAGAAACUGGCUGUCGAAGAGUUGGUUGAACAAUUCACUCCUUACAAACAUCUUGUUUCUUAAGUUUCUUCUUUGGCUAGUAUUAUUCGGACUCUUUGUGGAGCUGGAAUUUGGAUUGGUGUACUUUGUGCUGUCCAUGUUUUAUUGGAUUUAUGAGGGAAUGCGCGCACCUAAGAAACGUCAGGAAGGAGAAAUAAGUGCUUAUUCUGUGUUUAACCCUGGCUGUGAAGCAAUUCCAGGAACAUUGACUGCUGAGCAGUUUGAGCGGGAACUGCAGUACAAACCAUUAUCUGGGAGGUAGCAUAUUGAUGUCAUACCUGCAGUUGGGAGGUGCUUUUGCUCUGGGGAAAUUCUUCAACAAAUGGCUUUAAAUUUGGCAAUGAUUAGCUUGACCAAAGGUUUCCCCUCUUCAUAGAGACUUGGAAAGGACAUGACAUCAGCAUGUCAAGUGAUUUCUUGAAAGUAUGUAUCACAGUAGUAAACUAUUUCCAGAGCUGCAUCUUGAAUUGUGCUUUAUUAAAUUAAAGAUGACUAAAACUGUG